AAUUAAUACAAUUUUACACAAUCUUUUAAGAUAAACUUAAGUGUGUAAGAAAAAAACGAAGUCGACCGAUUGUGGAGCAUUCAUUACUUGCUACUGCGAGUUUUGCUGCACAGAGGUUCUGAGCAGGUGGGCGUGCUUUGAUUUUCUUGUGCCCCGGAUGAAGAUACUGGAGUAGGCGGGUCUGAAAGUACUCCAAGAUCAUGCUGUCCAGAAGGUCUGGGAUAAAGUUUGCAUCACUAUGAAAUGAUUCAUUUCGGACUUCAUGUAAGUAGGGCAAUGUUCGCCAGGGUCGCAUUUGCUGCCUGUAGCCGAAGUGCACAAUGCUGUACAUACGUGCGCUCCUGCUCUCGUACUGUCUUCACUCUGGGUCCCAGCCGAGGAGCUGUCCUCCGGUCUCUCUCGAGUGACGUCUUUGAAAACCUGGCACUGGAAGACUGGCUCCAUAAUAAUUUGGAUUUGAGCGAAGAAGGCCACGCCCUCUUGCUCUGGCAGAACGCGCCGGUCGUGGUUAUGGGGAGACACCAGAACCCCUGGAAAGAGUGCAACGUGGGUCUGCUCAGGGAAAAGGGGAUCCGGCUAGCCCGGCGUCGUAGCGGCGGAGGUACGGUGUACCACGACCUGGGCAACCUUAAUAUAACUUUCUUUACGUCAAGAAAAAGGUACGACAGGGCAAGAAACUUACAACUAGUGUGCAGCGCCCUGAAAGCCGUUAGCCCUCGGCUAGAUGUGUGCGCCACCGAUCGCUUUGACUUGCUGCUAAAUGGUGACUUUAAGGUGUCCGGGACCGCAGCCAAGCUGGGAAGAACUUCAGCCUACCACCACUGCACAUUACUGAGCAACACCGACAGACGAGCCCUGUCUGCGGUCUUGAAGAGCCCAUAUCAGGGCAUCAGCAGCAAUGCCACCCGCAGUGUGCCAUCCCCCGUUAUGAACCUCACCGACCAAGACCCUGCGUUGAGCUGCGAACUGCUUAUAACGGCAAUCGCACAGCAGUACGCCCACCAGUACUGCCUAGAGCCUAGUAUUGCACUGCUCGACCCUACUGACGAGAACACUCUGCCCGGCAUCAGGAGCACGACACAGGAAAUGCUUAGCUGGGAAUGGGUGUUUGGGAAGACGCCCAAAUUCGACGUCAGCGUGUCUCUCAAAGUUGCCGAUGCGAUUGUGACUCUGUGCAUGAACGUAAAAAAUGGCAUCAUCGACACGUGUUCUUUAGAACUACCUGCGACCUGGCCUUACUGGGAGGCUGGUGCGGAACUACAGUCACUACUGACAGGGAGCCGUUUCUGUGCUGGCGAUGCGAAGCUACUGAGCAGCUCUUUGUUGAGAAGCUGUCCACAGACUGAUGGUGUGCAAGAUCGGUGGCGCGACCUGUGCGAGCAGGUGGCCAGUCUCAUGUGACACAGAGCGGCGCCCGUCACCGUCUUCUGGCGAAAAGUUUUUUGUUGUGGUUUAAAUUGAUCAAGUGUUCGUGGAGCUUGUGAUUUUGCAUUUUAUCCAAAUUUGUCAGAUAAUUGGGGAUAAAAAGAGGAAGACUAUUUUACAAUCCCGAAUAUCACCAUACAGCGCACUUAAUAAAUUGUAAUUUGAUGAGUAACUUUGUCAUACUACAAAUAGCUUUCUAAGUGGGUGUGUAUACAUAUUUAAUGCAGGGUGGUUUUCAUCUUCCCAUUUCAAAAUGUAAGCCAUGCAAUUGCAUUAUUAUGACAUUUUUAAGUAGGGAACACUGUAAAAUGUUUGAGGUUAUUUUUUAAUCCUUGCACUUUCAAGAAGAUAUCAAAAUCCUCCUGUUUUAGCAUGGGGACAUUGGAGAAUCUGGCCAGGAGCAGCCUUACAUUUAAGUUCACAACUAAGCCUAAAUGCUACUUGCCGCACAUUAACUCAGAAAGCGCCUUUAUCUUGAGAAUGUUACACAGUGUAACACCAUGCAAAUAGUUCAAUUAUUAUUAUCAUGAAGCACAAGUAGGGAGGACAAGAAACCUUCUUGUCUGCAAAUACCCUUUAACUGAUAGUCACGACUGCCUGAAGUUAAUUCAGAUUUGAUUUGCAGUUACCUUUAAUUGUGGUAGCGUGCAAAUUAGAACUUUUAAUAUCAAAACCCAAAUUGUUUUUGUAUUUACAUCUUCAUAAACAUGGGCAUAAGUAUAAUACUUGGAGACAAUGUAGAGAUUCUUACAAAAGCAUAAGUCUAAAAUUUACUUCUUCAAAUCUACUACUUUACAAACUGUAAUGCUGAGCAAAUGGCAACACUCAUCUUGAACCUUAUCUCCAUCCACUACAGAAUUAUGAUUACAUGCAACUAAAGGCAAUACUGAGCUUGCUGCUCCUCUGGAAUUACAUUUUUUCUUUAAUCUGUAGAAUAUGCUAGUUUUCUUUACCAUGCAGGCAGAAAUGAUUCUCACAUGUGUGGAGCUGGUGGCUUUUCAAAUAUAUUAGGGUUUUUGGCUUCCUCUGCCACUUAGACAACAUCCUGUUGCAGUGAUAACAUACUAUGGGAAUGAUGGGAAAUUCAAGGUUCUUAGUGGAAUACUUCUUGUGAAUGCUCUUUAAAGAGGUAGCUAGCUCCCAAUCGGAAAAGUUUGAGAAAACAAUGUUGAAUUAGCCAGGUCUUGUCAAAGUGGUCAAUUCUUACCCCACACAAUACUAUAAAAAUAAAUAACCAUGUGAAACAGAAGCGCUAUUUUUGUGGCCAUAUACCCUAUUGUAUUUGGAGUAAUGCGACAUGCUUAGUCCAUCUGGCUAGCUUUUUGUUAUUUUAUGAACAGUUACAGGGUAUCAUGAAUAUUUGAUUGCUGUGUGUGCAGAUUGUAUUGUCAACUAAAUACAAACUAAAAAUGCACAAGAACAUUACAAACUAGGAAGGCAAGGUGUCAGAAGUGGCAACUCCAAAGUACCUGAACACUGCAUAUUAAGUACAGAAUAUAUGACUAGCAGACUGAAGUCCAGUGACUAAUCAAAGAAAAUGAAAGACAUUUAAAGCCCUGCUGACAAACUAUGGGACACUGUUAAAAGCCUAAAGCUGUUGGGCUGAAGGAACAUAUUUUACAAAAUGGUUUUGUAAAUACUAUGCAAGAUGAAUAAAUAUGAUACAUCCAACAAGAACAGAAAGCUUAAAAUACAGUAAAAUUAUUGUUUACUAUGGGCAAACUUUGAAGUGGGUUAUAUAUUUAAACUUAAGGUAGCAUAGUUCGCAGUGGUUAGUAUUGCAGCCUCAGUGCUCCAGACUAUUAGGUACAAAUGCCCAGUAGAGUGUGUGCACAUUUUGCCUACAAUAAUAUCCAGUGGGUUCCUCUUUUCAUUUUUAUAUCAUACAGAAUCAUCAUCUUAAACUUAUCAAAAUUAAAAAUUUCACGUAUUUCCUUGUUUCCAUGGAACAGGCCAGUGUUCCCUAAAUACUGAAAAUUUGAUUCACAAGGACACAGGAUAAUGGUGUUCUAAUGAAAUUUACAUGUAGCACAUUUAUGCCAGUUACUUAAAGACUAUACAUUUCAUUAUGUAUUGAUUGUAGAAAUAUUUAUUUUGUAUUGUUUGAAUUUAUCUGAGAAGUAAUCUCUGUAUAGAAGAGUACACUAAAGAUCUGUAUUAAGACUUUUGCUCACAUGCAUUGAUUUACAUUUAAAAAAAAGAUCACCUAAUCUUGGUUCAUGCUUUCAUGCCACUAAUCUUUUGCCUACUGCCAAUCCAGCUGAUGUCUACUAUACCAGGAAGAUGUGGCCUUUCUUACUAACCAUUAUGAUUUUAUCAAGCUGUGCACUUCACUGAAUCAGAACAUCAUAGUUUCUGAAGAACAUACAGAACUUCAGUGAUAAGAGGUGUUAAAACUUUCUUGGCCAGGGUAUUUCUUUAGGUAGGUGGUGGAAAACAUUAGGCCCAAAGAGUCACAAUGGUUUCAAGUAUAUGUUAGACAGAUAUUGCCUGUAUUAACUGUUGAUGUUUAUCUACAUACAUUCUUUAAAACAUGGCACUGUGAUGAUUGAACAGUUUAUAAUUUGGAUACUUCAGUUCUACCAGAUAAUGUUCACUGACAAGUGUUGCAUGUAUAGCAACAAAAAACAUCCAUCCAUGUAUCUAGUUCUGCUUACGGUACACUUACUGAAUACGAAUUAUGAUUACAAUGAUCAAAAGGAAGAAAGGUGUCUGGGAUAUGACCUGGUCUUUGGCAUAGUGACCCUAAACACACACACACACACACACACAACAGAUGCCAAAACAACAUUCCAGCAGGUUUUUAGAUUGUGGAAGGAAAACUACAUGGCCAGAAAAACACUGAAUCAAUACACCAACAAUGAGAUACAAUCAGGAGACCCAUUGUUGUAAGACUGUAAGCUUCUCCAGGGCAACACAAGAACACCUUAGCACAAAAUGCUGAUUACACACAUUUUUAAGGUAGGUAACAUUCCUGAGAUGAGGUGCCCUACAUAUAUGCAAUAUUUAUAUGUAUUUCUGCACUACAUAUAAAGCCUUGCAACUUUGAUACAAGGAUACAUAGGUUCAGAAUAACUUAUCUAAAAAUAAAUCUGGGGUAAAAUAAGAUUGCAUUGUGAAACCAAAUUUAAAAGAAUGAGCUAAUUGCUCCAUACACUAUGACAGAUAUCCUUUCCAACUCAAAGUAAAAUGAAUUCAUUACAUUAACUAGAAGUAAAUAAACAGCAGUGUGUCUCUGUUCAAUAAGUGUCUCUAAAGAAGUCAGUAGCCCAGGGAUACUUGAUGAAUAGUGCUGGAAACUGCUGGAGCAACCUAAUUUGGUACUUGUACAGACACAGGAGUAGUUCAAUUUAGUAGGGUUUUAAGUUUGGGGAUCAGAGAAUCGCUUCAGAGAUUUUGUACACCAAAUAUCCAUGGCCCCAGUGGUUAUAGAGCAUCUAAGGCUGUAAUAUACAUCAUAUAGAUGGCCAUGUAUACAGUAUAUGAUACUGCAUUUUAAGAGGAACAGGUACACACAGCUGUUAGCUGGGACACCACGAAAAGAAAGGUUCCAUUGUAUGUACCUGCCUCCUAAGUUUCCUAGAUAAACUUUGAAAAUAAUGCUAAUACACCCAAGUCUUUGUAUAAUAAAUCCUUACCCAUACUUACUAUUGAACCAUUCAACUGCACCACACCAAAUUUACUAUUUGUAGAGAAUAUGAAUCCUGAAUAAAAUAAUGUCCGAUAUCCCCCACCCAAUUCCCAAUAAAAUUUGUAUGAUUUGAAAUUUCA